AUGAAAGUCUUCAUCGUGCUAGCGCACCCAGACCCUCGCUCGCUCAACGCAUCAAUGGCUAAGUAUUCAGUAGAGGUCCUGGAAGCCGCAGGAUACGAAGUCAAGGUGUCGGAUUUAUAUGCGAUGAAGUUCAAAUCUUUCCUGGAUGGAGAGGACUUUACAGAGCACAACAGCGAAGAGCGGCUCAACAUCUUCAAAGAGUCUCUUCUCGCCUACAAGAACGGAACCCAGACGCCCGACGUGAUCGCAGAGCAAGAAAAGAUGAAAUGGGCGGACGUGACAGUGGGAGCGCCGGCCAGCCAGUACAGCCCGCGAGGCAUUGCAGGGCCCAUAGACGACCUCCUCUUCCCGAUCAACCACGGCAUUCUUUACUAUCCAGGCUAUGAUGUCCUGCCGCCCUUUGUGCUGUACCACACAUUCCCAGGAGCAGUCGAUGACAAGCGCUUUGUGGAGAUUCAGGCAGCCAUGAAGGAGCGGCUCUUAAGCCUGGACACAACCGAACCCAUCGCCUACCGGAAGCAAAAUCAUGGCGACUACACAAUGCCCGACCUUGAGCUCAAGCCCGGCCUCGAACAGCAGGGAGAGACAGGCUUCAACAUGCACGUCAUCAAGUCAUGA